AUGCAACUGACGCGCUGCUGCUUCGUGUUCCUCGUGCAGGGCAGCCUCUAUCUGGUCAUCUGCGGCCAGGACGACGGCCCCCCCGGCGCCGAGGACCCCGAGCAUGAUGACCCCGAGGGCCAGCCCCGGCCCCGCGUGCCUCGGAAGCGGGGCCACCUCUCCCCGAGGGCCCGCCCCGUGACCAACUCGACGCUCCUGGGGCUGCUGGCUCCCCCCGGGGAGGCCUGGGGGUUCCUCGGGCAGCCCCCCAGCCACCCAAAGCACAGCCCCCCUCCUUCGGCCAAGGUGAAGAAGAUCUUCGGCUGGGGCGACUUCUACUCCAACAUCAAGACGGUCGCCCUGAACCUGCUGGUCACGGGCAAGAUCGUGGACCACGGCAACGGGACCUUCAGCGUCCACUUCCGGCACAACGCCACGGGCCAGGGCAACAUCUCCAUCAGCCUCGUGCCGCCCGGCAAGGCCGUGGAGUUCCACCAGGAGCAGCAGAUCUACAUCGAGGCCAAGGCCUCCAAGAGCUUCAACUGCCGCGUGGAGUGGGAGAAGGUGGAGCGCGGCCGCCGGACCUCGCUCUGCACCCACGACCCCGCCAAGACCUGCUCCCGCGACCACGCCCAGAGCUCGGCCACCUGGAGCUGCGCGCAGCCCUUCAAGGUGGUCUGCGUCUACAUCGCCUUCUACAGCACGGACUACCGGCUGGUGCAGAAGGGAGGCCCAGGGCCCGGGCCUGCCGCGGGGGACUCAGGGCUGCUGUCUCACCUGCAGGUGCCCACCCUCCGGACACCAGCCAGCACCCUGCCCAUGGCCCUGUGGGUGCUGAGGGCAGAGCGGGCAGCAGCAGGUGGUGGUCCCGGCCCUCCUCCGCGGGGCCUGGCUGACCUACAGCAGGACCGGGGCACGCUGACCCCAGCCCCCGGCUCCUUCCUCCCGUGGAGAGCCAGAUGCUGCCGACAGCUGGAGGGCCGGCCUGCCUGGCACACAUCUGCCCGCGCAGGGGGUGGGUUCGUGUUAA